AUGUCACCAUACAAGGUAGUCUAUGAAAAAGCCUGCCACUUACCAGUUGAGGUGGAACACAAAGCCUACUGGGCAAUAAAGACGUGCAACAUCCAUUAUGACUCAACUGGAGAGCAGAGGAAAUUGCAACUGCAAGAGUUGGAAGAGCUACAUCUUGAGGCAUAUGAGAACUCUAGAAUUUACAAGGAAAAGACUAAACAAUACCAUGACAAGAAGAUUUCAAGCAAAGAGUUCUACGUUGGUCAAAAGGUCCUCUUGUUCAAUUCUCGCCUCAAACUCAUGCCCAGAAAGCUUAAAUUAAGGUGGCUUGGACCCUUCACUGUUACAAAGGGUAAAAUUGUGAUUAUAGGGGAUAAAUGCUGCACAAAGUCAAGGAAGUUUGGAUGCAGUGAUGAAUGA